UAGAAAGCGAGACGCGGGUACAGACGCGCCUCAUCACCCCCCUCUAUUUUGCCGUCUUUAAAGCAGCCUUUCUUUCUAGUGUUUUACAGCUAAUCUAUACAAAUGCUUCACAGAGUCGACAUCUUUGGCAGAUGCCUUCAUCAGCUCAACAAAGAAUCAGUUUUUCCCCUUCAUCGCACAAUCGCCCAUAAAUCCAAGGUAAUUUCUAACUUCUCCAUCAUUUUCGUCUUGCUUUCGAGUAUUGGAAGUUAUUUUUAUUAAACUCGUGUCAAGCUGAAUUAUAUGAAAUUUCCUAUUUUCACAUCUUCCUUUCUGUCUUCGGUAUACAUGCGCGGUGGGAAUGGCAGUCGACUUAUCUGCCGACGGCCGAAAUUGCCGCCGUCCGGCGAUCCACAGCGCUUCUUAUUUUUCCGGCUCCUUACAGUAGGGUAGUGAGAGUGUUAGAUAUACGCGCUAAGGAUUUUCUCUGCGCUCGUCUCUGACUUCCAUUGACAGGGGAGGAAGGAUAUAGAAUAGAGGGCUUUUUCAACGCUUUUUGGAGAACAAAAGAAAGGCAAUCAUGAACAAGUCAAUUUCCUUUUCAAACAGCUAAUUGCUACCGCCGAGUGGCACCGACGAAGUGAAUUUGGCGGAAUAACAUAAACUGAUGAACACUGUAAUGGAAGACAAGAGGCUAAACCUAAACCAGCCUUUUCUCUCUGUAAGACGAACCGAUAGGCCAACUGACACUUCCACUCCCCCUCGCCCUCCCCCUCCAUAUAAAUCGAAACUAAACUCGGGACCUUUGAGGGAUCCAGGAGUUGUGCCCUUCUGCUGGGAGCACAGCCCUGGAAGACCAAAGCACGAAACUCAUCAUACAUCUGCUGCCUCUGCUGAUAAGGCGUCUCCUCCCAUUAUUCCAAAACUCCCCCCAGGCAGAACUUCAAAAGCAGACCAGCAACAACGCCUUAAUAGUAAAGGUUCUGAAAUGGAAAACGUUUCCCAACACGAGUCAUUGAGAAAAAAGAUGGUCAAACCAAUUAGUUUUAGCAGUUCAAAUGGUAGCAUUGAAGAUGAAGAAGAAAAAGAAGAAAAGAGAGUGGAAUCAUCAUCUGAUGAAGAUGAAACUUACGUAGAUGCCCUUGACACGAUUUCAAGCAAACCUGAAUCAGCUUUACUGAAUCAUAGUAGUGCUAGUGGCUUUAGUGGAUUGAAUGAACCAAAUGGGACCUUCACGGCAGAUCUUCAAACUCGAGAUUUCAUGAUUGAUCGGUUUCUGCCUGCAGCAAUUUCAAUGGCUACAGAAAUGCCUUCGCAUGCUCCCAGGAAGCAAUCCAUCGUUCUGGAACAACCAAGAAAUCAUCCCGUCAACACAGUAAAUGCAGACAAGCAGCGACCUCAACUGCGUUAUGGGCCCAGUUUUGCACGCCACUAUUACCAAUCUCAUGAUUACGCAGAAGUAAUAAAUGACAAUGAUGAUGAGGAUGGUGAUGAUAAUGAUGGAUCUUUUCCUCCUAAAGUGUGUGGUUUAAUACCCCGUUUUUGUUUGAAAGGUUCGUUUUUUCUAAUGAAUCCGCUACCUGGUAUGAGUGCAAGGACUCAAGUCCCUAUGUCUCCUAGCAGCAGUAGAAUGCAGAUUGAAUCCUCAUCUGCUGGAUCUUGUAGCGGAACAGAGAAUGAGCGAUCAGCAUCUGAUGUUAGUGAGCGCCAGCCAGUCAUUGGACUUCUAACAGCAGAAUCCCAUGAAGAUAAUAAUAAAUCAGAUGAUGAAUUCAAAAAGAGAACUACCCAAAACAUUAAUGAUAAAAAUCUAGGUGGACGUCAUUUCAUUGGGUUGGAUAAACGAAAAUGCAAAAAAUCUGUGGAGUCCUUGACGGAUAAGAGUAAUAGUGUUGCACCAGAAGAUUCCGACAGUUGUGCAAUUGUAGAGAAAACUCUUUAUGUAGUAGAUACUCUGCAAGAGACAAGGGGACCACAGUUUAUUAAAGAGGACCAUGAAGUUAUGAAGCCGAAGGGAAAACAGAAUAAAAUGGAAGCUUUUCCUUUCAUAGAAGAAGCUAGCACAGAUGAAGUAACUAAUAUAAAGCACAUUGUCCACGAAACUGCUGAUCUCAAACCGCUACUUUCAGCUGAAAAAUUGAACUCGGAAUCUAGAAGAAGACCAAGUAAGGCUUAUGGAAAAGACCAAUUCUUCACAAACACAUCAGUGAUGCCUAACAGUCGAGCGGAUGAAAGUUACAUUGAGGGAACAGAGAGAUUGAAGAAGUCAGUAGAGUUCCCAGUACCCCCACCUUUACCCAUGUCUCCAUCAGAGUCAUGGCUUUGUCGCACUUUGCCUUCACUCUCCACAAAGCGUUCAUCACUACAGCGGACCUAUCUUAUCGGAAAUGGGAAUCCUCGGAAUGUGGCACCCAAGGUCACUUCAGGGGAUUCAAAAUGGGAAACAAUGGUUAAAACAACAAAGGGGCACCACCAGCAUUUGCGAUACUCUCUGGAGCUAAUGGCAUUGCCACCUAUUCCAGAAACUCAGCAGUAGUGUGAUGUGUACUUGCUAUUGCUUGUACUCGAGUCACCAUUCCAAUGGAUUCCAAGGUGAACAGAAGUCAAUAAACUACAGUUUUUGGUGCUGCAAUAUAAUACAGUUUUUCUUCAUACCUUUCUAGUGGGAGCCAUAAUUGUAUAUCUUUUUACACCCGUUUCCUGCCAUGUAAUUAUGUACGGCUUCAUUUCCCCUCUUCACAUGCCAUCGUGUUGGCUACUUUAAUGCUGAUGUCCGAAGGACUGGUUGGUUUGUAAAGAGACUAAAACAUACUUCAAUAAUAAAUAAAUGCUUGCUUACAAUCACCAUGAAAAGUUGAAAACAAUCUCUCAUUCUAGGGUGAAAUGUAUAAAUGGUACCUUAACUAUUGAUAUUGUUGCGUUCUGUACCUCAACUCUUUAAUGAAUAAAAUCAGUACUAUAACUAUACAUAAACGUUCAACUUGCAAUUUUACUCAAAUUUUUGACCAAAAAAUCAUACUGGCGGCCGGAAUUCCGUGUUUAAAAUCCACUUCACCUUUCUUUUGUCCAUGUCAUCAUUGUAGGGUGACUACACAUGGAAUUUUGAUCACCAUGUAGGAUUAUUUGGCCACAAAUUUGAAUAAAAUUACAAGUUGAAACAUUUAGGUAUAGUUAUGGUACUGGUUUGAUUCAUUUAAGAGUUGAGAUACUAAAACUCAACAAUACCAACCGUUGAGGUGCAAUUCAUGCAUUUCACACCUCAUUCUGUGUGCGGCUAACUUGGCGGCUAACCAUGGGCUGAUCGACUACCAAAUGGCCGGAGCAGGAUCCGAAGCGGUGUCUAUUUCAUCAUAUCAGUUUCAUUUCAGAGCAGUAGAAGGCCCAUUGGUCACGCUUCUCUACGCUUCCUUUCAAUAUGCAAAAUGGAAACCUUCAUUGCUUUGUCGGAAAGUUUGUCCUUGGCAUACGCCUUCUUGCGCUUAGAAUGACUGAUCUGAGUAUGCCUUUGGAUUGUGUUUAGUGUUGUUCCAUAUUUUGGCUAUGUUUAGAGGGGUCAAGUGUGAUAUAUUUCGUCUUGAGCUGAAUGAGGAUAUGACUUUGGAGAGAGCAAAGUGGAAGGUGUAGUGUUCAUGUGGC